ACACCGAACAAUUUAAAAUCGUUUUCAUUAGGCUAAAUUUUAUCAAUAUGGAUUUAGUUUGUGAAUUUAGAUAUUGGAAUUGGCUUGAAAUUGGGAGUGAAUACACGAGUACUAUUUCUUCUUCUUCAAUACAAGAACCAAACACGAUCAUUCAAAAAAUUAAUGGCAAACAUUUGGAUGGAAAAAGUGACAAAGAUGUCGAAUCUAUUUGGUUUAGUAAUACAACGGUCAACUACUUCCCUCAAGGAUUGAACAAAAUUUUUCCUAAUUUGAAAGCUGUUGGAAUUCAUAAUUGUGGAUUGAAAUCAAUAACACGAAGAGAUUUGGACGGACUAGAAAAUAUUCAGAUACUAUGGUGCAGUAAAAACAAAAUCGCUUCACUUCCAGAUAAUCUGUUUAGAAAUAUGAACAAACUUAAUGCCAUUUCAUUCCGCGACAAUGAUUUGCAAUUCAUGUCUUCAGAAGUUCUCAUGCCAAUAUUGAAAAAUGGUUUAAAACUUGUAGACUUUCGCAGAAAUCGUUCCAUUGAUGCUGUUUAUUGUGACUCAUCUUAUACGCAAAAAAUUAAUGGAAAUAAAGUUGAUUCUCUAGUCCAGUUGAUGGCCAUGAUUUUUGAGAAAUGUGAUAAACCAAAUAAGAAAGACGAGCAGACGUUAUCAAACAAAAAAUUGCAGGAUAUAAAAACUGAAGGAUUCAAUGAGCUUUGGACGACUGGCCGUUUCUCGGACAUAACGAUUGUUAC